AUUGCUACUUUUUCUCUUUCUGUCUCUCCUGAACUUUAAACAUCGCCAUUAAAAUAGCGAGGAGAGAGAAAGAAACAAAGGACAGCAACAGCAUACAGGGGAGAGGGAGAAAGAGAAGGAAUGGAAGUGGCUAUGGCUCUGUCACAUCCCUGACUAAUUAGUUCAUUUCCACGUGCCCCACUACCUUCGCCGAAGAUCAUCCCCCUUCCCCCUCCUCCACCAGCGACCACCGUCCACGAUUCUGACUUAGGGUUUCCCGCAUCAGCCGCGUAAAUUAUCUCCUUUCCUUCUCCACCCACCCCGCCGACCACCUAGCUAAUUUGGGCAGCUUUAGGUCUCUUUGAUUGGCGGCAUCACUAGCUUUUCAUGAUUUCUGAAGUCAAACUUAUCGAGAUGGAGAAGCAGCAGGUGCGCAGGACGUGGAUAGGGGAAGGAGAGCAGAGCCAGCGCCGCGGUGUCUUCGACAGCUUGUUGCGCGGGGUUGGAGCUGAGCACAUGACCAUCGAUCAAUGCGAGGCGAUUCGGGAAAUGGACGACUCACAGCUCGUCGGAGUCCCUGUACUCGUUGCUAAAGCCGAUGUGCCUAGGGUACACGUUGAAGUCAGGAAUGUGGCAGCUGUUCCUGAGAUCAGUACGGUGAAAAGGAGGCGUGGUCGCCCUCCGCGGAAUCAGGGCAAACCCGCGCCGGCCCCUCCUCUCAAGGCCAUGGAGGAAGAGGAUGUUUGUUUCAUAUGCUUCGAUGGCGGCAGCUUAGUACUUUGCGAUCGCAGGGGCUGCCCUAAAGCGUACCAUCCAGCUUGUAUCAAGAGGGACGAAGCAUUUUUCCAAUCGAAGUCCAAGUGGAACUGCGGGUGGCAUAUUUGUAGCAGUUGUGAGAAGGCUUCUCAUUAUAUGUGCUACACUUGUACAUACUCUCUCUGCAAAGGGUGCACCAAAGGUGCCGAUUACUUAUGCGUGCGUGGAAAUAAAGGAUUUUGUGGAACGUGUAAGAAAACUAUAAUGCUGAUUGAAAAUGUACCGACGGAGAACAGUGAGCAGGUUCAAGUGGAUUUUGAUGACAAAUUGAGCUGGGAGUAUCUUUUUAAGUUGUAUUGGGUCUGCCUUAAAGAAAACUUAUUGCUUACUGUAGAUGAAAUACUAAAGGCUAAAAAUCCCUGGCAAGUUGACGAGCCACCUAAGACUAAAAGUACCUGGAAAGUUCCCGCUGCUGUUACGGAUCCCAUGGCAGAAUCUUCUAGUGAAAUUUAUUAUGGUGGUAAUGAAAAUGCCUAUUCUUCUGGCAAUAGUUAUGGAAGCCUGGAGACAAACUACUCCAAGAGAAGAAAAAUUGACGACGAGCCUGAUAUUAUGAAUGGGGAAAAGUCUGUCGGCAUAAUGGAAAAUUUGAGCGUUGAGAAAGUUGCACCUUUGUCUGUCGGCACAACAGAAUGGGCAACCAAGGAGCUUUUGGAGUUUGUUGCACAUGUGAAAAAUGGAGAUACAACUUUCUUAUCUCAAAUUGAUGUGGAGGCUCUUUUGUUAGACUACAUCAAAAGCAACAAUCUGCGUGAUCCUCGCAGGAAAUGCCAGAUACUCUGUGAUACAAGGCUUAUAAACCUCUUUGGCAAAACACGUGUUGAUCAUAUUGAGAUGCUGAAGCUUCUUGAAUGCCACUUCCUUGUGAAAGAAAACCCCCAGCGUGUUGAAUCUCAAGUCACGGUGGAAUUAGCUGCUGCUGUGGGCAAGGCUAGCUGUGCCAAAAUCUCUGAUGUCCCGGUGGUUAGCAAUGAUAGAAGGCGUAAGACACGCAAAAGGAUGGAUGAGAAUGAAACCCACACCAACCCCAAUGCAGAUGAAUUUGCAGCAAUUGAUGUUCAUAAUAUUAAUCUAUUAUACUUGAAGCGUAGUUUGAUGGAAAAUCUUAUGAAUGAUGCUGAUAAGUUCCAUCAGAAAGUGGUUGGGUCAUUUGUCCGUAUUCGGGUUCCUUUUGGCGACCAGCAGCAAGAUAUGCAUCGACUUGUUCAAGUCGUAGGUACUGGGAAGGCAGCUCAGUCAUAUAAGCUUGGCUCAAGGACAACUGAUAUCUUGCUUGAAAUAUCAAAUUUAGACAAGAAGGAAGUUGUGUCGAUUGAUGGGAUAUCAGACCAAGACUUCUCAGAGGAAGAAUGCAGACGACUAAGGCUCAGUGUAGAAUCUGGCCUCAUAAAGUUUAUGAAGGUGGGUGAGGCACAGGAGAAAGCAACGGUACUUCAUUCCGUCAAAGUUAGUGAUUCGCUGGCAGCAGAAAUAUCGCGGCUUAAUCAUCUUCGGGAUCAAGCUAGUGAAAAAAGACAGCGGAAGAAUCUCAGGGAAUUUGUGGAGAAAUUGGACAUUCUGCAGUCAGUUGAGGAACGCCAGCGUAGGUUGCUUGAGGCUCCUAUCGUGCAUUCGGAUCCGAAUAUAGUUUCCCACAAGUCUAUCGAAGAGUUGAGUAAAUAUCCCACCUCAGCAAACCAGAUGGGUUUCAUAUCUUCUAGCCAUGAACAAAAUAGUCAACCAGUGGCAGCUCCUCAACCAACAUCUGCAGUUUUCCCGCCAGGGAUACCACUCCCUCGUCUAAUUAACGAGGAUGAGCUAGAGAGACUUUGGCAUUAUCGUGAUCCAUUUGGAACAGUUCAAGGACCUUUCCCUAUGAUGCAACUUCAGAAAUGGAGCACAAGUGGGCUUUUCCCCCUAGAUCUAAGAGUUUGGAGGGUGACUGAGAAUGAGCAAGACUCUGUUCUUUUAACUGAUGCUUUACUUAGGCUGGUGCUCCAAAAAGAGCCACCCAAGCCUGCCAACAACAAUUGUAUUAUACUGCCUCAGGAAGUAACAAGAGCUGAUUGUGAUGAUGAUACAGAUAAGAAGUUGAGCAGUGGAUCAAGUCAGAAUACUGGGGCAACUCAGAUGGAGGAUAAGAAUGAUGAAGUUGAUGAAAGUGGCAAGUCUGAGAAAAAUUAUUCAAGUGGCCGAAGCAGUAAUGAUGGUGAUGAUGAAGUUGCAAAGAGUAAGGAGUUGCCUUCUAAUUCAUCCAGGUUGACCAUGUUAGUGGAUCUUGUCUUUGGCAAUAAUGAACUAACUCAAGGGUCGAUCAGCAGUCUGAGAUAUGUGGUUCGGUUGCUUUACCUUCUUCCUCUGCUGAAAUUCAUAUUAAUGUCUCGCCCCCCCACGCGAAACAAGUUGAUGAUUUGACCAAGAAUGAUGCAAAGUCUUGGGUUGAUGAGCAGUCCAAGAUUUGUGGUUCAGUUGCUUUACCUUCUUCUGCUAGAGUUUAUAAUGAUGCUCCAGCCCCCCAUGUGGGACAAGAUGAAGAGGAAAACAGAAGUUCCAGCGUGAAUGAUGUGAAUGAAAGUAGCCAAGAUCCUAAGACUCCAAAGGAAGAACAACAAGCCAUUGUCGAAGAAAUUGAUAAUAAGAGAGGCACCAACAACAGUGAAGGUGGUUGUUCUCGCCAAUCUUCUUGUCAGAGUUGGCAGCAGCCUCAGCACAUCUCGAUUGGAUGGGAUCUCAACUCUACUUUUCCUGCUAUUUCUAAUUCAACGGGAACAGUAAAGCUUGAACACGAAAUCAUUUUCUCCGAUCUUCAAAGUCCGUUGCCAAAGCAGCAGCAAGGCGAUAAUGGGGACUUGAAAGGUGGUGAAGAAAGAAAACACACUGCCACUGUCUCUUGUGAUGUGCCUAUCAUUGAUGCAGGUCCUAGCUGGAGCACUACUUCGAGUUUAGUUGGUGGGACACGGCUUCCUAGUGUGGCUGCUGAAUGGACGAUGGGCUAUUCUUCCUCUGCUAUGGCCAAACCUUCUGUCGAGGACUGGGGCUCCAAUCUUGUGCCUGAACCCAAUGAAUUCUCCUUAGUUGAUGAAUCUGUUUCAGACCUUUUAGCUGAAGUAGAGGCCAUGGAGUCUCUCGGUGGAUUGCCAUCCCCUACAUCAAAACUAAGUUGUGUGGAUUUGAUGCCAGUCUCCGAUAAUGAUUGCUUUAGUCCUGUGGAAGAUUUUACCCCGGCUGCAGCUCCGGAUCCUGGAAGUAGUGGUGCACUGAGCUCCUCUGCUGGGGGGAAUAUAAUGCAAAUGCCGUCUCGGUUAUCCUUAUUAGCGGAGGAACAACAACUUGGGUUAUCGAUUAUGUCUUCUCCUCAGCCAAUAGUACAUCAUCAGCAUUGUCAUGAAGAGGAAUCACAGAGUAGGAUGACAACUCAUCAAAAGCCUCCUCCUCAGUUGACAACAGCAACUGACCACAAACCACCAGUUCACGACGUAUCUCUCAUGCUUUCGCUUCCCCCGGCAACAAGUGAGUUGCCCCCACUUGGUGUGUCCUCUCCUCCCCUGAGACAACCCGACCAUUCAUCGGCUUUGGGCCCAAUAAUUGGCUUGUCACAGACCGAUGCGCAGAAAAGGCCAUCCAGUGGUCAUUUGAGCAGCAGCAGCAGCAAGGUGGAGAGACGGUGGGAAGGAAGUUCAGAAACCAACCAGGUUCAGCAGUUGAGUUCUAAACAGACGAAGCCGGUCUUAGACAUCAAGCUGCCGCCUGCCUCAACCACGAGUUGUCAAGUGGAAGCCAGGUCAGAGACCAUCCAUUGUCCUGCACCUGCUGGAGUAGACUUGAGAUUGGGGAACUCCAGGGGGCGAUCGAUUCUGGGACUGGCGCCAGCAGUCAUUCUAACAGCCCGGUUCAGAAACAUGGUGGGGUCACGUCACCAACAUCCGCAGGGCAUUCUACAGCUUCCACAGGGAAUCCUCCUCCCAGUUUGUUGGGAAGUCAGCCGAAGGACAGACAUUCCAGUGGGUCGAGAGAUCACCGAAACAGUCAUCGUCACCACAGCAGUAGAGAUUCAGGUGGCCAUGGUGUUCGGGAUAGGUCGACGUGGAACGGAGGCAACAGCAGGCAGGGUUCCCAUGGAGGAGGAGGGUCUUUCAGAUCGCCGCCCAAAGCGGGGCGAGUACUGUGUAGAUUUAUUGGAAGUGGGAAAUGCAAGAAGGGGGCAGCUUGUAGUUUUUGGCACCCUUGAAUUCGAUAUUUAGACAUUUUAACUUAGGUCAAGAGGGGAGAUCAGAAAGAAGAAAAAUUGUGUGCAUUAUUUUCUUUUGUAGAAUUCGUGAUUUUUGUAUGGGAAGCCUCUCCAUCUCCACCCAUGCGGUUGUACUAAUGUGUAACUUUGUACAAGUAUUAAAGCUGCAAAUGAGUUUCCUUUUAUUCGUACCAUUCAACUGCCUAGCUUU